AUGGAUUCAAAAAAGAGAACCUUUGACUUGAAGAAUCCCAAUGACGUGAAUGAAAUUCAUAGAAUAUUGUUUGAUGAUGAUUCAACGGAGGCGGAGGAUUUUGGAGAUCUAUCCGAUACUAAUAGCGGAGAUGAUCUUCAAGUGCGGGACCAAGAUUCAGAAACGGAGCAAAGCAACGUUGAUUUAUCGUCUGAAGACGAAAAUUCUGAUAAUGAGACAUGCUACAUAGCCUAUCAAAAGAAUAAAGGAAAGACUGUCGAUUCAUACCGAUGGAACAAACAUCCACCAUCUAGCAGGAAGAAAACUAGCAAGCAGAAUGUAUUGAUACGCUUACCAGGUGUGAUUGGUGAUGCAAGAAAAGCUCAGACAAAUUUAGAUUCUUGGCUACUUUUUAUUGAUGAAUCAAUUCUCAACUGCAUUGUAAAAUGGACUAACCAGUACAUUGAUCUGGUGAGACCUGAAUUCACUCGAGCCAGAGAUGCGCUAUCAACUGAUAUCAUCGAGAUAAAGGCUUUCAUCGGAUUAUUAUACCUCGCAGGUGUAUACCGUGGAUCACGCCUGAAUGUAGAUGAUCUUUGGGAUAUCAAUGGAGAUGGUGUAUACCGUGGAUCACGCCUGAAUGUAGAUGAUCUUUGGGAUAUCAAUGGAGAUGGUAUAGAAACAUUUCGUCUCACCAUGUCAUUAAGCCGCUUCCGAAUUUUGAUAAGAUGUAUUAGGUUCAAUAACAAAGAGACAAGAGAGGAGAGAAGAAAAUUCCACCGACUUGCAUCAAUACAAGAUAUUUUUGAAAGUUUUGUCGCAAACAGCCAAAAAUGUUAUUCUUUCAGUGAUAAUGUCACAUUAGAUGAAAAACUGGAGGCAUUCCGUGGUCGCUGCAUCUUUCGACAAUAUAUACCAUCCAAACCCGCAAAAUAUGGCAUUAAAAUUUUUGCUCUUGUGGAUUCGAAAGUCUAUUACAGUUAUCACAUGGAAAUCUAUGCUGGCAAGCAACCGGAAGGUCCGUUUGCUGUUAGUAACAAAUGUACUGAUGUUGUUCGUAGGAUGGUAAGUCCAAUAGUCAACACUGGACGAAAUUUAACUGUAGAUAAUUGGUUCAGUAACGUUCCCCUAAUGAAAGAACUUGCAGAUAAAAAAUUAUCCCUCGUUGCUACAUUAAAGAAAAAUAAGUGGGAGAUUCCCGAUGAGUUAAAAAAAGUUGGGAAAAGAAGUGACAAUUCAAGCAUUUUCGGUUUUUGUAAGGAAGGAACUAUUGUUUCAUAUGUCCCUCGCAAAAACAAAAAUGUCAUUCUCAUACCCUCUCUUCAUUUUGAUGAGGCAAUAGAUUAA